UACAUCCGGGACCACACGCUCCUGUCCCGCUCACCGUCGCCCGAGAAGAGCGCGAGCGGCAGCCCCGAGAGGUCCCCCUCGAGCCCCUCUCCCACAAGAAGGACUACCUCGGGACCGCCAGGCAGGAGGACCAAAGCCGACGUCUCGCCUCGUCCUCCGUCGCAAGAGCUUCGCAACCAGGUUCCUCAGGAGGUCGAGGAGAACCCUGUCGAGAACGAGGCUGAGGCGUGCCAUUCCUCGAGGCAGGAGCGCGCGGCAGGAGGCCAUGGAGGCCACGUAGCAAGGCCAAGGCUCCGUGCAGCCGCCUCUUCCCUUCGGCUGCUUCCGGAGGGCGAGGACGACCCAAGCGCUCACGGCAGCGGUCCGGGCGAAACACAAGACCCCGAGAGCGAGGAUCUCCCGGCGGAGGUCGCGCCCGCCCCCUUCCCCGCCUUCGACAGCAGGAGGCUCAAGGGGCUCCACCGACUUCGACGCAACGACUCCACCGACAGCCGCCUCUCCAGCGUCUCGGAAUCGUGGGCAGCCCCGGUCUUCAGCAGGGAGGCCAGCAGGGACAACCUCGACCGAGACUGGCUCAGCAGGCAGCAGAGCCUUGCCUCCUUGGCCUCGUCGGACUGCUCCUUCACAACAGCCUCGAGUCGCUGGUCGUCCGCACUUCAGCGCCUGUGCGAACAGAAAGGAGAGGCUCCCCUCGAAGCCAGACUCGAGCACCGCCGUCAGUCCAGCACCUCGUCCUUGGUGGGCUACUGGUCCUCGAGCUCGCCCUCAGAGCUCGUCGCCGCCCUUAGGUCGCCCUCAGCACGCCUCUACGCCGCCCUCAAGCGCCGCCUGGCAGAGCCGCGGGCGGGAGCGUGGACGCACCAGUUCCUGCGUCUGGACGGCCUCGCGGUCCUCUUCGACUCCUUGGCCGCUCUCAGCGAACGGCGCCUCACCUCCUUCACGGACGCCUACAUACAGGUCGAGUGCGUGUCAGCCAUCCGCGCCGUCAUGGACUCGCGCAUCGGACUCGACUACAUCGUAGAAAAUAAGGAAUAUACAACCAAACUCGCGGCAGCUUUGGACACGAACAAUGUGACGAUCAAGAAACAGGUGUUCGAACUGCUUUCCGCUCUCUGUGUCUACAAUGCGGACGGAUACAACAGGGCGCUCGACGCUCUCGAACACUACAAGGCCUUAAAAGGUGAAAGAUACAGGUUCAAGGUUGUCGUAGAAGAGUUGAAAGCAGCGUCCACAGCGGAAUAUAACACAGCCCUCGUUGCCUUCAUCAACUGCAUCAUCAUCUCGACGCCGCAGCUCAAGGACAGAAUAAGAAUAAGGAAUGAAUUUAUAGGUCUUAAGGUCCUUGAUGUCAUCAGUAAACUCAGACAAGAUGCGGUCAACGAUUCCGAUCUGGCGGUGCAGCUGGAUGUCUUCGACGAACAGAGGGACACGGACGAGGCGCAGAUCUCCGGACCCGACGGCGUGGACCUCAGCUCGCAUGUGGACGUCUUCUACGCCAUCCUCAGACAGGUGGUGGAGACGCCGCAGGAGAUCCCCUUCCUGAGCGUCCUGCAGCACCUCCUGCGGAUCGACCCGAAGGAGCCCAUCAGCGACGUCAUCUGGGACACGGCGGAGAAGCUGCUGCACCGCGCCACGCUGCUGGAGGACGCCCGCGACUCGGCCCGGCUGCUGCGGGCGCCGUCGCACAAGUCGCUCACCAAGCUCAAGGUCGGGGACGCGUCGCGCUGCCUGUGCUCGUGCCACCGCGACGACCCCAAGUCGCGCAAGCAGUCGCUCAACCUCAGCCUCAACUCCGGCCACCAGUCGCUGUCCACGCUCACGUCCCCCGUGUCCGACCCGCCGCCUCCGCCGCCCCCGCCGCCGCCCCUACCCGGAGGAGCACCCCCGCCCCCGCCGCCCCCACUGCCGUCGGGAUCGGGUCCUCCCCCUCCGCCGCCUCCGCCUGGACGUGGCCCUCCUCCCCCGCCACCCCCGCCCGGUGGAGGCCCGCCCAUGCCCCCUCCGCCUCCACCCCCUGGAAUGGGCCCUCCACCGCCUCCCGGCCCCCCACCUCCCCCCGGAGUUCGCCCCCUGCACCGGCCUGACCCCGCCGCCGAAAAGAUCCGCCUGCCGCAGAUGGAGACGCCGAAGCCACGCUCCAAGAUGAAGACCUUCAACUGGAACAAAAUCCCCGACAACAAGAUCUUAGGCAAGAACAACAUCUGGGCGAUGUUGGCGCGCCAGCACCAGGACUCCCCGACGACGGCCCUCGACUGGGACGAGAUGGAGGGCCUCUUCUGCCAGCAGACCCCGUCCACGCCCCUGUCUCCUGCCAAGACCGCGAAGGACUCGAAGGACGAGACCGAGAAGAAGAAGAAGGAGCCGACGGAGAUCAAUCUUCUCGACGGAAAACGCUCCCUUAACGUCAACAUUUUCCUCAGACAAUUCAGGGUCUCCAACGAAGAGAUCAUGGAGAUGAUACGAGCGGGAGAGCACAGCGACAUCGGCGCCGAGAAGCUGCGAGGUCUCCUGAAGAUCCUUCCCGAGCCCGACGAGAUGGAGAUGCUCAGGAACUUCGACGGCGACCGGUCGAAGUUGGCCAACGCCGAGAAGUUCCUGCUCAUGCUCAUGGAAGCUCCUCAGUACAAGCUGAGGAUCGAGGCGAUGCUCCUGAAGGAGGAGUUCGAGUCGACCAUGGAGCAGAUUGAGCCGUCGAUCAACGCCGUCAUCUACGCCGGCCGCGACCUCACCACCAACCCGCACCUUCAGGAGGUCCUCUACAUGGUUCUCGUGGCCGGAAACUUCCUCAACAGUGGUGGGUAUGCAGGUAACGCCGCGGGCAUGAAGCUCUCGUCGCUGCAAAAGUUGACAGACAUUCGUGCCAACAAGCCGGGCAUGACGCUACUUCAUUACGUCGCUCAGCAAGCGGAGCGAAGAAACCCCGAUCUGCUCAAGUUCCCGGAUGAAUUAUGUUUGGAUGAAGCUACAAAAACCACCAUGGAACAGCUGACCAGCGAGAUGAACCAGCUGGACGCCCGCAUUGCCAAGCUGUCUCAGCAGAUGCGCUACCCCACCACGCCCAGGGACAUCACGGCACAGAUGGGAGACUUCCUACAGGUUGCCGCGAAGGACCUGAACUCCCUGAAGGAGGGCAUCGCGGAGGUGGCCAAGGUCAAGGUUGACGUGGCCGAGUACUUCUGCGAGGAUCCCAACACCUUCAAGCUCGAGGAAUGUUUCAAGAUCUUGUGCAACUUCUGCUCGAGGUUCAAGCAGGCGAUAACGGAGAACGAGCGGCGCAGACAGCAAGAAGAACAGGCGGAGAUCAGGAGAAGAACGAGAGAGGAGAACGCCGUCAAGAGAAGGUCGUCCUCGCAGGGUGGAUCUCAGCCCCGCCCGGGCUCCUUCAGCGGGUCCGAGUCCGAAGUGAACAUCAUGGAGAACCUCUUGUCGGAUAUUCGCUCGGGCUUCACGCAGAGGAAGUACGCGGAGCUGGCGCUGAACAAGAACAAGAAGGGCAAGAAGCUGGACUCGUGGCAGAACGGAGGAAUGACAUCGGAGGACGAGCCUUCGCUGUGCAACUCGCCCCGCAUGACCCGGCGGCGGAUGGGGUCCUUCUCGGGGCCCGCGGGUCCUCAGGGAGACAAUCCUGCGAACGACAACUCACCAGACGUGACGCCCAACGGCAGCUUGCGGAGGAGGCGCUCUCGAGUCCCUUCAGAGGAGGACGACCACAAACUCAUGGACUACCUUCACACCUCCGGCCACGAUGGAUCCAGGGAGAGAAAGUCGUGGACGGGAAUGGAGGGCUACGGCUCCUUGGACAGGUCCUUCGCUCGCCGCGCCAGAGGAGGGGGAAGGACCCGACCGAGACUCCUUGCCUCCGAGUCCUCCGAGAGGGAGCGCCCUGCCUCUCCCUCCACGCCGGACACCAAACCGGAACCUCCUGACCACAACAGACCCAGCAAAAACUGGCGUCAGAAGAUCGAGUUUUGGUUCAAGGAGAACGAGAAGGAAGAGGAACGUCGCUCGGGUUUGAAAUGGCGACUUCACCAGCACAGAAAAUCUCUAGAUUUAGACACAUCAUCCCUCGCUGAAGACGAAGGCGCAGGAAGUGCCAGCGCCUCUGGUCCAGCCCUUGGGACCCUACCCGAAGACCAGCCCUCGGAGGACCCCACCACGAACGCGGGCGGAGGGAGCGGAGGAGGGGCUGGGUAUCGGCGCGUGUACCAAGACUGGCGACCCUCGGUGGAGAAGACGGAUGUGGUCGGGGCCAUGGAAGCGAUCGAAGAAGCCCAAUCGCCGCUGCCCAGCAAGGAGAAGGACAAGUCUCCGUGGCGGAAGAGCAACCUCAACGUUUCCAACUCGAGCGAGGCGACGCAGGAGCCACUCCAGAACGUCUCAGGCGCCAGCCAGGCCUCAGCCUCAGGCUCGGCCGCGCCCUCCUCCAACAACACAGCCGCGAGGAGGAUUCGUAGACUGAGGUCGAGGUCGAACAUCGAGCCCGGCCAGGUCGUUCAGGCUGUCCAGGGCAUAGACGACGACCCCCUUGACGAGUCGAGUCGUAGGUCGUCGCUGAUCCAGACGCUGGGCCAGGACGAGGGGCCGGACACCCUCAAGCUGUACAUCCGCCGGCCUUCCCAGGAGGAGAAGACUGCGCAGGGAAAAGAGGGCAGCGGUCACGAGGACAACGGCGCCUUCAUAGUGGAGGACUCCCCCCGUCGUGGCUCGGCCCCGGCUGCCUCCACCCUCGACGAGUCCCCCUCCAGCAGGUCGGAACAGCUGAUCCAGAAGUACCGGCACUCGGUGGACGUGUCGGCUGAUAUUCUCCGCUCAAUCGAGGAGGCCGAGUCGUCCCCCGAGCGAGGAAACGAGUCCGGGCGGCGCGAGAAGCGGAUUUACCAGCGCACCAUGACGCCCUCCAGCCUCCGCUCGGCUCUCCAGCAGCGCCUCAAGGAUAACCUUCAGUCGGCUCAUCUGGUGGGCACCAUACGCUCUCUGGGCGACGAUGCAAUAGAGAAGCCAGAGGAAGAGGAAGAUGAGGAGAACGAGAAGAAACGCGAGGAAGACGAAGGGGAGGAGGAGGGAGAGUCUCGAGGCGAGGACCAGAAGCUGCUCCCGCCGUCCAUCCCGAAGCACCUCCGGAGGCCUUCCCGUGACGAGAACAAGCUCGACAAGAUCGACAUCGACUCGGAGAACAUCGAGACACCACCGGUGACCAGGAGAGCCUUCAGCAUGCGCAGCUUCAGGGCGCCGUCGGACUCGCGCUGGCUCAGUUCAAAGAAGGAGGAGGAGGCCGAGGACUUCGAUGGCCGCAGAGCCGGCCGGAGGUUCCGCAGCCUGACCAGCGAGGACCGGCGAGCCUUGGUGGGGGAGAAGAAGGGUGCAGGAGACGCGGAGGCGGGACGGAAUCGCACGAGGACUGGGGUCGACAGCUCAGAGAACGAAGGCGCGGGCAGCGAGAUCGAGGAGCGCGGUUCGGCCAGGAGAACUCAGCGCUUCAAACGCUUGGCUGAUCUGGCCAAGGACGGAGACAGCGAGACGGAGCAGAUGCUGGCCAAGCAGAAAGAGCGAUCGAUGUCGAUAGAUGACGACGGCCUUGGAGACGGCCACUUCGAGCGCUUCUCCUCCGUUCGCAAGACGCUGAGGCACAAGAAAAUGCAAGACAGGCCCGAGUCCAGACUCAGCGAAGAUAACGCUGAGGCUGAGGCUCGGCGCGAAGGAGAGGGCUCAAGGGCGGGCUCCGCGGGGAGGAAGUCGCAUUCAACCUCCCCGGAGCGCCUCGCACCUCAGGAACAGGAGGCGAGCGUAGAGAAGAUCCAUACCAAAGUCCAGCAGGCCGAGACCUCAGAGGUCCCGCAGGAGAGUUACGAGGACAAGGAUUCGCGUCUCAAACGGUGGCAGCGCAUCAAGGAAACCAAGACAGAUGAGGAUCCUUCGCGAGGAAAAUCCAAGGAUACAGACUCUUGGAAGGACAGAAUAACUCGCCGCUUCCGCUCCAACGUGGACAAGUACGACGUUCAACGAGCGAUGGAGGAAAGAGGUAGAGGCACCAAGGGAGACCUCAAGCCGCCAGCGUCAGAGCGGUUGCAUCGGAAGAACCAGGACAGCGUGGCAAAGGGCUUGGAAACGCGAGGGUCAUUUAGGGUCACCAGCAGUGCCAGCGAUACUUCUCGCAGGGACAGACGGGACCGCACUCGCAGUGCCAUCGACCCAAGCCACGUCCGCCAGGCGCUGGACAAAGAGAAGGAGAAGGACAAGAAGCGAUCCGUCUUCGGUGACUCCUCCCGCGGCGUGAGUAGGCUGUUCUCUAAGCUGGACGCGAAGGAGCCAACAGGGCUGAGGCGGGGCGAGACGCGGACGAGGUCGCUCAUGGACCCCCACUCCAAGACCAGACUGCGCGGCAGCACCACCAAGGAGGUUGACGAAGGCUUCGAAGACACGGGAAGCAUCAAGUCAGAAACCACGAGUCAGGGAGCAUCGUCCACAGGCGACGUGCCGGAUGGGUCCAUUGAGAAGGUGCCAACGACGCCCUCGUCACUAAGAAGAAACCGUAAUGGGCUGCGGAUUGACAGCCUUCGAGGGCGGCAGGAAAGCAGCUUAGGAGCUUCGAAAAAAGCGGAGAACUCGGGCUCGCGGAGUAGCCUGCGUUCUUCUCGGUCGUCCCUCACCUCGGCUGCCUCCGUGAAUACGGUACGGCCGGCCAGACCACCUUCAAAGUCCCCGAGUACGACCAGCAUGAUCAGCAACAAGUCAGACUCGAGCAGCAGGAAGGGCAAGAUGACUGACUACACCUCAGCCCUCAAGAGCCUGACCCUGAAGAGCCUGCGGAUGGGACGCGGAGGCGCAGACGAGUACGAAGCAACGCAGAGCUCGCCGUGCAGCCCGAAGGGGGAGAACGCGCAGCCGAGCUUCCCCGACGACCGAACUCGCUCCUCGGGUUCCCUGCACAGCUCCGGGGGCGCCACGCCCACGCGAUCGCUCUCCCGGGCUGACUCCACGCGAUCGACGGGAUCCCUCAGCAAGCAGUCGAGCGAGGGCUCCCUGAGACGAGGGACGGCCAGCGUCACUAAGGCUGCGAUGCCCUCAGCUAACAGCAGCGCCAGAGUUAAGCGCCCGCUCGCUCCUGCGCAAGUCCGCUCGCUCACCUCCGCCGAGUCACGCCACCGGAACAUCAGCGGCUCCAACACCUCCCUACGCAGGUCGCCGGGCUCGACGCCGACGUCCUCCGUCAAGGUGAAGCGGGGCGACUCGGGCAGCUCCAAGGAGAACCUCUCCCGCUCGAACUCCGGCAACAGCCGCGUCGGAGGGACCUCUCGCACGACGGCGCGCUCGUCCGCCGCCUCUAGCUCCAAGCCCCUCGCCGAACGCUCGGCCAGCUUCCGGUCGUCGCCGCCGAAGCCCGAGGGAACGCAGAGCCUCCGGAGGCCCGUCGGGACGCCCGCAAGCAAACCGGCGUCCGCGAGAAAGGGCGGGAACCUCCCUGCCUUCAUGCGGCCUACGACGUCCUCCUCGUCGAAGGUGAGCGCCGGAGACGCCCCCGCGCCCGUCAAGAAGGUCAAGGUCGUGUCGCGCAACCUGUCCCUGUCGUCGCCGCGCACGAUGGUUAAGUGAGGCUUUGCGCCCGGUAGUCCGUUUAGCUUGGUAGUCUCCAUUGUUCUUGCGAGCACCUGAGGCCUGUGACCGAGAUUUUCGUACAUGCACAACACACACACACACACACACACACACACACACACACACACACACACACACACACACACACACACACACACACACACACACACACACACACACA